CCUGCGCCUCCCACACCCGCCUGGCACCGCCCCGCCCGACCUCGAGCGGCCCAGGGCAGGUCCAGCCUGCCCCGGCAGGAACAGCAGUCUUCAUUCGCCCGGCGAUCUGCAGGCAUGGCAGGGCUGCAGCUCCGACGUCCGCGCCUGCUGCUGCGCCUCCUGCUGCUGCUGCCGCUGCUGGCGCUCUCGGCCGCCGGGGACCACUGCCCGUGCCAGGAGCCCGCACACUGCCUCCCGAUCCGCCACCGCCCCGACUUCGAGGUCUUUGUAUUUGAUAUUGGCCAUAAAACUUGGAAACAUUAUGAUUGGACACAGAUUACAACUGUGGCAGUUUUUGGAAAAUAUGACUCAGAACUUAUGUGCUAUGCUCAUUCAAAAGGAGCCAGGGUAGUGCUAAAAGGAGAUGUGUCAUUAAAGGAGAUAAUUGACCCAAAUUUCAGAGCAUCUUGGAUAGCUCAAAAACUGAAUUUGGCUAAGACACAGUAUAUGGAUGGAAUUAAUAUAGACAUAGAGCAAGAAGUUACUUGUUCUUCUCCAGAAUAUGAUGCAUUAACUGCUCUAGUCAGGGAAACCACGGACGCCUUCCAUCAGGAAAUUAAGGGAUCACAGGUAACCUUUGAUGUAGCUUGGUCUCCAAAGUGUAUAGACAGAAGGUGUUAUAACUACACUGGAAUUGCAGAUGCUUGUGACUUUCUCUUUGUGAUGUCAUAUGAUGAACAAAGUCAGAUCUGGUCACAAUGUAUCGCAGCAGCCAACGCUCCCCAUAAUCAGACUUUAGCUGGGUAUAGCGACUACACAAGGAUGGGCAUUAACCCUAAGAAACUUGUAAUGGGCGUUCCCUGGUAUGGCUAUGAUUAUACCUGCCUGAAUCUAUCUGAGGAGAAUGUUUGUACCAUUGCAAAAGUCCCUUUCCGGGGAGCCCCCUGCAGUGAUGCUGCAGGACGCCAGGUGUGCUAUGCAGUGAUCAUGAAGCAAAUACUUCAUUCUACUUCUGGAAGUCAAUGGGAUAAAGUUCAACAAGCUCCCUUUUAUAACUAUAAAGAUCAUGCCGGCCAUUUCCAUCAAGUGUGGUAUGAUAACCCUCAGAGCAUUUCUUUGAAGGCAGAAUAUGUAUCACACUAUGGCUUGCGGGGUAUUGGCAUGUGGAAUGCAAACUGUCUUGACUACUCUGCCGAUGCUGUAGCCAAACAGCAAACUGAGGAAAUGUGGAAAGCCCUAAAGCCAAAACUCAGACAGAGAUGAACAUGUUGUGUCAAACUGUUAAGAUUUAGAAAAACGAUUUGUAUAUAGUUUCUUGAAGAGAUAAAAAAAGUAUUCAUUUUUGUUAUGUUGCCAUAUAUUUUACUUACUAGUAUACUAAAAAAAUGUAGAUAAAGACUAAAAUUGUUUGAACUGAAAAAUGCAAAUUUCUACCCUUGGCAUUCAGAACUAUAAAGGCAAGACACAAAUCAGUUUACUUUGUCAAAUAUUGCUUUAUGUUUCAAUACUAUACUGUCAUUAGGAAAAAUCCUUUCAAAAUGUUAUGCUAAUUUUCCCCACGUAUAUUAAAAUAUAAACUUAUAAACCAAUGCCGAUUUCUAAAAUAUGUAUAAUUUCAAGUGGAAAACGUUUUCUUAGAACAGUUUUUUUUAAUCUAGCCUUUGGAAAGCAGUUUGUGCUGUGCUUAAUUUUUUUAUAGAUCUUAAAUUUAAAACAGAAUAUAGUGUCAUCUCUUUAUCAAAUUGGUAAAAACAAAUUUUCUGCUUCCUGAUAUAUGGAAUGUAUUCAUGUUCUCUGAGGUACUUAGAAUGGAUUCAUUUAAACAUCCAAACACUGAACAAAGGGAGGAAAGGGACUCAACAAAUUAAAAAUACCCACAAAAGGUAGAAAAAAUUCAGUAAUAUUUUUAGUAAGAGAUGCCUAAUGUUUUCUAACUAGAUUACUUAUAUGAAUACAUUUUUAUUAUAAACUUUUUACAAUAGGAAUAACUUGGUGUAGAGCUUCAUUUUAUUAAAUAUCAUUAUGUUUCUAAUUAUUCAUAUCCCUUCAUUUAUGGACAUCUAUAAUUUAUUAGAUAGCUUUUUUUCCAUAUCUGGAUUUUAUUUUUGACUGUCUGAAAACACUGAUUAGUCUUCCCUUUCUAAAGAUUAAUUUUAUGUGAAGAACUUUUCUACAUGUGAUGAAGUCUCUGUUCUCUUUUUCAAGGCAGUUUAGGACAACACUAUUUUGCACUUACGUUAGUUCCUGCUAACAUAAAUAUUUAAAAUGUGCAUCUUUGAACCCUAGAUUUACAUAAAUCUUGCCUUCUGUAAGCAUUUUCCUUUAUCCCAACUAAAAUAAAUAAUCAUUAAAACAUCUAUUAUAAAAUUACAUUUCCUAUUUUUAUAUUUAUGACAGUAAAAUGAACUAAUUACAUAGUACAUAUUGAAUCGUUUCAUAGUUCUAAAAUAACCAUUUUAUAGCUAAAUAUUUUAUGCAUUUUUAUAUGACUAAAAUAAAUUCACAGAUACUAAUCUCUUUGAUUGGAUAUAAGCUAAUAUCCUAUUCUAUCAUAUCCAAAUUGCUUUAAAUUAAGAUAAAAUGAGUAAAUCUGUUCUCAUGCAAAUGUUAUUAGUAACUGUUAAAGUGUAAUUUUCUCUGUAAUUUAGAGUUUACUUUCAUAUUUCUUCUUAAAUUGUAAGAUUAAAAGUAAGAAGUAAGGAUAGGGGUUUGGUGCAGCAUUUUUCACUUGGGAAGCCUGCAUCCCAUGGGCUGCCUGGGUUCUAGUCUUGACUCUACUCAAGAUCCCAGCCUCCCGCUAAUGCACGCCCUGGGAGACAGCAAGGAAUGGAUCAAAUACUUGAACCCCUGCCACCUACAUGAGAGACUCAGAUUGAACUCCUGCUUCCUGGUUUCAGCUUGGACCAGCCCAGGCUGUUGCAGGCAUUUGUGAAAUAACAGCAAUUGGGAGAUCUCUGCCUCUCUGCCUUUUAAAUAAAUAAAUUUAAAAUUUUUUAAAUGAAAAUAAUUAUAAAACA